AUGAAGGACUCGAUCGAAUUAUUUGAUCAAAUCUGCAAUAACGAGUGGUUCUCUAGCACUGCAAUGAUUCUAUUUCUUAACAAAAUCGAUCUGUUUGCAGAAAAAAUCACACGAGUGAAUAUCACAUGUGCUUUAAAGCAUUAUAAAGGUCCGCAGGAGUAUCGACCGGCACUAGACUAUAUCACGAAGAAAUUCAAGCAGCGGAACAAGAACCAAAAGAGAAAUAUUUAUGUUCAUGAGACAUGUGCAACAGAUACAGGGCAGAUCGAAGUAGUAAUUAAUAGCGUUGUAGACGUUGUCAUACAGCAAACAAUGCAAAAAGUAGGAAUACAAUAG